GCUGUCCCUCUGUGCCCCGCUGCAGGUGCGCUUGGUCAUCGCUGAGAAGGGGCUGCCCUGCGAGGAGCGCGAUGUCAGCAUGCCGCUGCUGGAGCACAAGGAGCCCUGGUUCAUGCGGCUCAACCUGGGCGAGGAGGUGCCCGUCAUCAUCCACCGGGACAACAUCAUCAGUGACUACAACCAGAUCAUCGACUACAUGGAGAGGAACUUCACAGGAGAGAACGUCCCCCAGCUGAUCCCUGAACCCGGGACCCUGCUGCACUCGCGGGUGUUGCAGUACCGGGAGCUGCUGGACUCACUGCCCAUGGAUGCCUACACACACGGCUGCAUUCUGCACCCCGAGCUCACCACCGACUCCAUGAUCCCAAAGUACGCGACCGCUGAGAUCCGCAGGCAUUUGGCUAAUGCCAGCACGGAACUGAUGAAGCUGGACCACGAGGAGGAACCACCACUGACAGAGCCAUACCUCUCCAAGCAGAAGAAGCUCAUGGCCAAGAUCCUGGAGCACGACAAUGUGAAUUACUUGAAGAAAAUCCUGGGGGAGCUGGGGAUGGUGCUGGACCAGAUCGAGGCUGAGCUGGAGAAGAGGAAGCUGGAGUACCAAGGGCAGAAGUGUGAACUUUGGCUCUGCGGAUGUGUCUUUACCUUGGCCGAUAUCUUGUUAGGAGCUACCCUGCAUCGCCUCAAGUUUCUAGGACUCUCUAAGAAAUACUGGGAAGAUGGCAGCAGACCUAACCUACAGUCCUUCUUUGACAGGAUACAGAAACGCUUUGCCUUCAGGAAAGUCUUGGGAGACAUACAUACCACGCUGCUCUCUGCAGUGGUACCCAAUGCCUUCAGGCUGGUCAAGCGGAAACCUCCCUCCUUCUUUGGAGCCUCCUUCCUGAUGGGAUCUCUGGGGGGAAUGGGAUAUUUUGCUUACUGGUACUUAAAGAAAAAAUACAUCUAAUGCUGGCAGCUUGGUGUUUAGAUUGGUGUCUCU